AUGAUUCCUAUCAGCAAGUUCCUUUCAUUCGGUGUAGGUCUGGUUGCACUAUUGUCUCUCAUCGAUCCUUCGCAGGGGCAAACUGUGACUCUUCCAGCCAACAUCGCGAUCGAUCUCGUUUUCCCCCGCAACGACACUUACAACCCGGCAGAUACUUUCCCCGUCGUCUUCGCUCUGCAGGGUGCUAGUGCGGCGUGGACAUUUGGUUUCUUCUUUGAGUGGCGCAUCCGGCGCGCUGAAGGGUGUCAAGGCGAAUGCGGUGUCGUCGACAGUGGACGCUUAUCGGUCGAUCAAGGCGAAUUUGGCAGUGUAUCUUUUGGGGACGAUGACUAUUAUUUAUACCGGGAUGAAUCGACCGCGUUGAGUGGGAAUUGGGGGCUGGGUGUUGCAGCUGGUGGCUUCGAGGGGGCUUAUAGUUUAGAAUGGGACUUUGGCUUUCUCAGAAAUUGCUCGGAUGACGGCGGCAUCCUACAGUCCGAAGGAGGGCGAACACAGCUUACAGGCAGCAGUACCUUCAGUGUUGUACCGGGUGCCAGUCCCGAUAUUCGAAGACAACUCGAAGAGUGCCCGGUGUCUGGAGGUGUGGUAGGCGUGCAGGCGAAUUUGAACGGCUGCCCGAGUCUGGGUACCACCGGAGUGGAGGCUGACCCGUGUGUCGUUGAGGUCCCGGACGAUGUCGUUGACGACGUUGUCGCUCAGCUGGCCGCGGGGGGAACUCCAGAGCAGCCUGGCGCACCACCGAUACCUGGUGUGCCGCUUCCAGGGGGGCCACCUGGGGUAACUACAAUCAUCGGCUACCCAAGUGACGACGGAGGAACUCAGACGACGUCUGUGGCAGACUCUAUCACGGCCCGCGCCUCAUCUCGCACCUCGUCAACUGCACCUAUCACAACCGGUUCCUCGAGCGCCGUAGUUCCAUCUGCGAUCUCCUCGUCUGCUUCAAGAAGUGCGCAGACGAGUGCUGUACCCACAACUGUCGUGGUAAAUGAAUCGGCCAACACCGAGAAGAGGUCCCUUGGAGCUGCCGUCAUUGCAGCGCUGUCAAUGUUGGUCAUGUACAUGCUCUAG